AUGGAGAUCAAGAAGGUUAAUUUGACAGACUACAAAGAACAAAUUUAUCAAAUUCGGCAAAAAGUGAGUAUUGUCAGUUUAUGAUUUUCUUUUGACAGAAAGGUUUAGGUGUUUAUCGAGGAGCAGGGAUGCCCGGAGCACACGGAGUGGUCGGAAGAAGAAGAGGAGAAUUCGGUGUACUUUCUCUGCUUGGAAGACUCGAAAGCGGUCGCAUGCAUUCGAAUUCGAAAAAUGGGCAAAGGACUGCUGAAACUGGAGAGAGUGGCGGUGCUCAAAGAAUGGAGACAGAGGGGAAUCGCUUCGGAACUCGUCAGACAAGCCAUUCGGGAGUUCCAGUCCACUGCUCCCAACUGCUCGUUGUACGCAUUCGCUCAGUCUGCUCACAUCGAAACUUACUUGGCUCUAGGCUUCGCAGUGCUUUCAGAGGAAUGGCUGGACGAAAGAAGCGGGCAGAUGCACCAUACAAUCUUCUGGUCGACGCCCCAAUCCCGGGAAGUGUUCCUCAACAAUGCGUGAGUCGAUUAUCUUCUUCGCUUUUCGAUUUCACCCUCUUCUCCAGGAAUCUAUCAAACUCUGCAAACUGUGCAAAAUGGGAUAUUCAUCAUCCGAGCGUUAUUCGAAGGAUCCGAAGUCUCUGAGCUCCGAGAAUGUUUGCUCAACGUCCGGUCGCCGCUGGCAUUUCAUUUCCUGUUUUUGCAGUAUUCAAAUAAAGAAGACAAUACUUAG